UCACAGGUCACAUGUCACGGCUAUAAUUGCGCUUUCACAGCAGGCAAAUGAGGAAGCAGCUUUACCCGGAGAUUAUAUCAAGACUGGCAUAAAGCCAGGCAUGAGCAGGGAAAACAUCACUACGAUAAGGACGCACUGGGCAGCGGGGGUGCUGUUCCGGAAAAAUACCGUGAUCUAGGAACAACUUCCAGGGAGAAUCUUCAGUGAUGAACGGACAGUAACUCCUCUGAACUACUUCUGAUCAAAGGAUAGAGAACAGGACAAACCACACCGACAUGCCUCAUGAUAUCAGAGUAACCCUGCUGGUGAUCUACAGCCUCAUCCUGGUUUUUGGCGGACUGGUCAGCACUGUGACGUUGGUGAGCAUCCUGAAGUCCAGCGGUCUCUCGGUGACCACCACGGCGGUCAUCAACCUGAUCCUGGUGCACUACCUCUUCCUCCUGACCGUGCCCUUCCGCAUCCACUACUACGCGUACAACGAAUGGCGCCUGAGUCCCGCGUUCUGCCGCUUGGUCAGCGCCACCCUGCACGGCCACAUGUUCCUCUCCUUCAUCUUCUACGUCAUCAUCCUCGUCAUCCGUGACAUCGGCUUCUUCAAGCGGACCAGCAGGCUGGCCUUCUACCGCCGUCUGCACGCCGUCGCCUUCAGCGCCUCCAUCUGGCUCGUCAUCUUCGGCAUCCUCUUCCCAGUCACCUUCUCCAACUACGGCACCAACGGCACCAACGGCACCAACGUCACCAACGGCACCAACGUCACCAACGUCACCAACGGCACCUACGGCACCAACGGCACCAACGUCACCAACGGCACCGAGUGCUUCCGAUUUGGCUCGGCGCUUAAAGAUCAGUCCGUGCGCAUCCUGAACUACGUUAUCAGCUGUGCCGUCCUCCUGACCGUGCUGGCAUUUACGGGAUGCCAGCUGUACAUACUGAUCCGACUCCUCCAGCUGUACAAGAUGGCCGCCUUCAAACACCAGGAAUUCUGGGCCCAAGUGAAAAGCUUCCUCUUCGUUUUAAUCAUGAUUGUGUGCUUUUUCCCGUACCACAUAUUUAGGAUAUACUAUGUGGUGAAUUUCAAUAACGACUUAAGAUUGGAAGGGCAGAAUGAGGUGUUCCUGGCCGUGAACGCCCUCAGCUGCUUCGACAUGCUGAUUUUCCUGGGAAAGUGCAGGUGGGCCACAAAGAUGGCCUUCAGCUGUGUGGACUGCUGUAAAUAGUGCCCGUCUCCUCGGUGCUUGCGUCUUUGUUUCAUAGGCUUUGGAUUGUGCGUACGGGGUAGGGAGGGGUUUUUCAGCUAGGAAAUGGGUUACUUUGGGUUUCCAUAAGGCUGGCUGAAAUCCUACCCCCCCCCCCCCGCACCCUGAGACUGCUGGUAUGCUCUGUGGCCCCUAGCUGUCCUCAACAGGGCCUCCAGGUCACCAAGGUUACCCUCCUCACUCAAGGCUCUUGUAUCAAUUUUGUAUCAAUGAUCUCAGAAUAAACAAUUAUGAUCUGAAAAUUAAUAUAUGCUGUAAUUGGCUGCCACCCCACCCUGGGUUAUUCCUUGCCCUGUGAUUGGCUGCCACCCCACCCUGGGUUAUUCCUUGCCUUGCUCCUGUUGUUUCCAGGUAAGGCUCUGAAUCCCCGCAGCCCUGAACAGGAUAAGCAGUAUAGAAGAAGGAUGGAUG